AGAUAAUAACACAUACGCCAAGCUGUAGAGCCACGUUGGAAGGGUUGAUGACUGAAUUGUAAACUUUGUGGUGACAGUAGUGAAACAUUGUUUAUAAACCCCAAAGAAAAUGAAGAUAAAGGAGUUAGACCGCACAGUAAACAUAUCAUGGUCACCGGCAUCGCAUCAUCCAAUACUGUUGGCUGCCGGGACGGCAGCACAGCAGUUAGAUGCAUCAUUCAGUACGUCUGCAGCAAUGGAAAUUUAUUCACUAAAUUUAGGGGAGCCCGGCCUGGACAUGGAGUUAAGAGCAUCAGCACCAAGCGAUUACAGAUUUCACAAAAUUACCUGGAGCUCAUGUGGUGUGGGACCAGACAGAGAAACUGGUGUCAUUGUUGGUGGUUGCGAUGGAGGGCGUCUACAGCUCUAUAGUGCUUCCAAAUUAUUAUCCGGAGAAGAUGGACUCAUUGUUUCUCAGGAAAAGCAUACUGGACCUGUGAGGGCAUUAGAUUUCAACCCGUACCAGGGAAAUCUUUUGGCCACAGGAGCAGCGGAUUCUGAGAUAUAUGUGUGGGAUCUCAAUAACAUGGGAACACCUAUGAGUCCUGGAGCAAAGGCACAACCAGCAGAUGAUGUUGUGUGGAUUGCAUGGAACAGACAAGUGCAGCACAUAUUGGCAUCUACGUUCACUCAGCGGUGUGUCGUCUGGGAUUUGCGCAAAAAUGAACCCAUUAUUAAACUUAGUGACACAACUUCUCGUGUCAGGUGGAAAGUUGUAGCCUGGCAUCCAGAUGUUGCUACACAAAUGUGUCUGGCUUCUGAAGAUGACCAGACUCCAGUCAUACAGCUGUGGGAUCUUCGAUUUGCUACUUCACCCUUAAAGGUCAUGCAGAAUCAUCAGAGAGGAGUGUUGUCAAUUGCGUGGUGUGCUCAGGACCCUGAUCUGCUUGUUAGCUGCGGCAAAGACAAUCGCAUAUUAUGCUGGAAUCCAAACAGCACCCUUCCAAGUGGUGAGGUAGUGUGUGACAUAGCAACAACAAACCAGUGGCACUUUGAUGUUUCAUGGUGCCCGAGGAAUCCGGCACUAAUUGCAAGCUCUAGUUUUGAUGGACAUGUAAGUGUGUACUCACUCACUGGAGGUACACAGCAAGCUCAAACCAGCACCAAGAUAGCAGACUCAUUUCCAGGGAUGGACACAUAUGUUCAGGCACCAGUGCCAGCUCAGCAGCAAGUCACUGUUGACUUACGAAAACCGCCGAAAUGGCUGAGAAGACCUGUGGGUGCUUCUUUUGGGUUUGGAGGUAAAUUGGUCACAUUUGCAAAUGAAGCUCUUCCAGCCCAGCAGCAACAGCAGCAGCCAGUGCAACAGUCACGUGUUGUGUACCUGUGCCGGGUGGUGACAGAGCCAGAGAUUGUAGCUCGUUCCAACCAGUUGGAGGCUGCUCUGCAGUAUGGGCAAUUUGUGGACUACUGUAGGACCAAAGUGGCCAGCAGCAGCACGGCACAUGAGAGGGCUGUGUGGAGCUUCCUUCGGGCUAGUUUUGAGAGCAACCCAAGGGCCGAGUUUCUCGACUUACUCGGUUUCAGGCCGGAUGAACUUAAUGUUAAGCUUAGCAAAUUUGGAAAACCUGCUAAUGCAAGAUCCAGCCCAAUGCUUGAUGGCUUGAAUGACAGGAUGGCAGCUCUUGGACGAGAAAAUGGUACUCUACCUGAUGCUGAGGGAUUGGAGGAAACUCGAGCAAAUGGUUUGCCUCCAGAUGGUGAUGCAGCUGCUGCAGCCUUUGAUGCUAUCGCUGCAGCUGCCUCAAAUACUACCAGCAGGCCUACACCACCAGCUUCACCAUUCAAGAUAUCAGUUGGUGAUGACAUAAAUGGAUUGAUUUCUCAAGCACUGUUGAUUGGCAAUAUAGAAGCUGCUGUUGACUUGUGUCUUGAAGAUGGACGAAUGGCUGAUGCUAUUAUUCUUGCCAUGACAGGAGGAAGUGAUUUGCUGGCACGGACACAGUACAAAUACUUCCAGCAGUCAAAAGGCCCACUAUCAUCACUCAUCUCAGCUGUUGUUACUGAAGAUUGGACACAAGUAAUGCAGUCAUGUCAAAUUGAAAGCUGGAGAGAGGCUCUUGCUGCAGCUUUGACGUACUCAAAGAAUGAAGAAUUGCAAGUCCUUUGUGAACUGCUUGGCAGCCGAAUUGAAGCUGAGGGAAAAGGUUCACAGCAGCUGAAUGCACAGCUAUGUUAUAUUUGUGCUGGGAACCUGAAUAAGUUGAUAGAUAACUGGAAUUCUACAGAGAAGCCAACCUCUCUCAACAAGUUACAGGACUUUGUGGAACUUGUAAUGAUCUUACAAAAAGCUGCAGAAAUUCAAGGACACCCUGUGACAAUAAGUGGGUCACUAGCAGAAUUUCUCUCGCGCUAUGCAGCAAUUUUAGCUUCACAGGGAAAUCUGGUGGAUGCUCUUACAUAUCUUGGCAAUGCACAGGAUGAGCAAGUUGCAGCUCUUAGGGACAGGAUUGAGAAGGCCUUAGGAUACAAGCCUGUGUAUGCUCAGCCAACUGCACAGCCAACCACCAGGACAACAAGAGGUUCAGUGUCGAGGUCUUCAGCAGGGUUUUACCCUGGUCAGUUACAACAACAACAGCCACAACAGCAUCAGCAACAACUUGGCAGCGCACCUUCAUAUCUGGGAACCCCUGUUCAGCAGAUGCCCCAGCAGUCCUAUAACAGCCCUCAGGCCCAGGCAUAUACACCCACUGCUCCUGUACCUCCUGUUCGAUCUUUUACUCCAACUGUGCAACAGCAACAGCAGCAACUUGUUCCACCAAUACAAUCCUCUUAUCUGCCUGGACAGCACCAGUCACCUUCUGCAACUUCACCAUACAACACUGCAGGACCAGUCAUGACACAGCAGCAUUAUGGGCCUCCAAAAACAUUCUCACCAGCUCCACCUGUUGCUCCUGUUCCACCUGUGCCUGUUCAGCAGUCACCACCAGUGGCAGCUGUUCAAGGUUCAGUUAGAUCAUACCCUUCAGCUGAUCCCAGUUUUUGCCAGAAGCUUUCGGAAUCGCCUCAUAUGGCUGAUAGGGUCAACAGCUGUGCCAGGUGGAGUAGCAAUACUGGUGCUGGAACAGGACCAAGAAAUAAGCCUUAUGUAAUUGAUCCAUCCGUACAGUCUGGCAACCAUGUGUCAUCAUAUGGGAUGCCAGCACCAUAUGGAGGUGGACAACAGGUUUAUCCAGGGUCACCUGCUGCUCCUCUCACCACACAGCCGGUUGCCUCCUAUCCUCAGGCAGAUGUCUACAAUCCUCAAGAGCCACCAGCUUCAAAGACAGUAUUUAAUCCAGUUCAGCCAAUCCCUGUCCCUCCAGGCGGUGCUCCACCAGGGUGGAAUGACCCACCUGUACUGAAAAACUUUGCAAAAAACCAGUUCGAAUAUAACAUACUUCCUCAAAUGUCUGCUGUGCAUUCUGGUACAAGGCAAUGGAAUAGUGUGGUCAACCAUUUACAGCCAAAGCCAGAAUAUGCUCCUCAGAACCCAAUAACUCACCCACUUUAUGGGAGUGCGCAACCAGACCCUCCAGCAGCAAACUUCCAAAAUGCAGCGGUGAAUGGUGUAUAUGGAAAUAUGGGUCAGCAACAGCCGUAUGUACCAUAUAAUGCACCACCUCAUGCGCAACAGCAGCAGCAGCAACAACAACCACCACCAGCUGCAGGCCCUGUGGUCACUGCAAAAGCCGUGGAGCCUCCAAAACCAAAGGGACCAAUACCGGAAGAGCACAUGUAUCUGCAGACAGUUUUUGAUGAACUGAGGAAUAGAUGCUACAAUACCGCCACGAAUCCACAAACCAAAAGGAAACUGGAGGAAGUUGCACGGAAACUGGAAGUCCUGUAUGAUUGUUUAAGGGAACAUAAGCUGUCUCCCACAACUCUAACGGACUUGCACCAGAUGGUACAAAUGACGCAGAUUGGUGAUUACACUGGUGGCCUGGGACUCCAUACAAAACUGGUUUCAGGACCAGACUUCUCACAGAUUGCUGGUUUCAUGCCUGGAUUGAAAGUUUUGCUUCAGUCAGCAUUGCAACUGAAUGUGUACUUGCAGUAAUCCUAAAAUCAAGCAACAGAAUUAAAUGAACUGUAGUAAAGCUACAAAGCCAUUAUUUUUUUCCACAUGUAUCUAUCUGCAUGUGUAUGCAAAAGUAGGGGGAUGAAAUGGUACAUGUGUGAAACUGAAGGGAGUUAAUGCCACAUGAAGUGGGGCUAAGAGCAGCAGACUUUUAGGACAUUUUCAAUUGUAAUAGGUGUUAAGGAAGAGAGAAGAAUUUUUUUGUGACUACCAUCAGUUUGUAAAUAUGUGUUACAUUUUAAUGGUGCUGCAAAAUAUUUUGUAUAUUGAUGAAAAUGAAAUCAUGUUUACUUCACUUCACCAAUUCAUUUAGAUUUAUAUUUAUUUCCAUUAGUCUGUGAAUUUGUAAGACAAAUCAAAGUUACACAAAAUGCAUUCUUGUCACAAAAUUAAGCUGGGUUUAAUUUUGACACUUGUAUUUUUUAGAAUUUUAUUCUAACUUUGCCUAAAAGCUAGGAAAUUGUUUUUUCCACAAAACACAGAGAUGUAAUAUUGCCUCUUUCAUUGUUAGAGAUUUGUGGGUGAGAGACAUCAUAAACACUGUACAUGCUUUCUUGGUAUAUGGAAAUGGUGGAAGACUGUUUCUUCAUACCAGUAGAUCUGUAUACAAUGUGUAUCAUAAAUUUUUAUGGCAGAAUUGUGUUUUCAGACUUGUGCUUGUCAGUAUUCUGACAAUUUCCAUUGAAGCCGUUGGUAAAAAUAGAAGCAUCAGAUCAGCUUUUUGUAAUUGUUUGUAAAGUAGCCAAAAAUUAAUAAUGUGUAUUAUUGUUAUAUGGUUGUCUGUCUAAUUGUGAAAAUCCUCAAAAGUGUGUUACUGUGGGCAUAAACACAACAGGAGUAUGUGAUUUGUUUUAGUAACAAUGAAAAUUUGAUACUGAUGAAUAAAUUCUGAUAAAAUACUAUGAGGCUCACAAUGUUUCAAUAAAAUUAAGUUACAAUAGCUGUAAUUCUUUCAGUAAUCACUGGCAAAAUUUGACUGUGAUUGUGGCCAUUUCACAUUAUGUCCACUGUUAGGAAGUCAUGUCUUCUAUUCCCCCUUGAGAGAGAGAGAGAGAGAGAGAGAGAGAGAGAGAGAGAGAGAGAGAGAGAGAGAGAGA